AUGGACGUUUAUUUCAUCCCGCUACUAUGGCUUAUUCAAGCAGCAGCAUCGCAAGAAGCAUACGAGUCUGUUUGUGAUGAAACAUGUGGGGAUGUUUAUAUUCCAUCCCCAUUUGGAAUAAGAACUGGUUGCUAUAAAAAUUCGUGGUUUAGAGUAACUUGCAACACAACCGCUAAUAGGCUAAAGCCUUUCAUCAGUCGCAUCAAUUUGGAGCUUCUCGGUUCCUCUUGGUCAGAUAGCAGCGUCACCGUCAACAAUCCUGUAACUUAUCUCAAUUGCAGCAAUAAAGGAAACAAUGGCACGACUCAUCGUGCUAGUGUCAACCUAAAAGGCAGUCCAUUUUUCUUCUCAAGUAGAUUCAACGUAUUCGGUUCAGCAGGUUGCGGCAAAUUGGCCACUGUUUCUCGCGAAAUUCAAACUGAUCCCCUCGCUAGCUGCGUACAACAGCGAUGUGACCACCAGGCUUCUAAAUUAGGUGGCUGCUAUGCCGUAAUUCCUGAAAAUCUCACUUCAUACACUGCAACCGUGACAGAGAUCAUUAAUCCUGGGAAGCAAGAAUACAGCAAGAGAUGCACAUCUGCUUUCAUGUUUGACCCAAGGUCGAUGACCUCAACGUAUCAAGAUCCUCAAUUUCCCGACAGCAUAAGCAUUGAUACGACGCAUGUUCGUGCAACGCUGGAGUGGAACCCCGUCGAUUGCGAUUUGGGAGCCGCACGUUGCCAAGAAGUAGAACAAGUUGGCCCAGAACCUGCACAUCCCAAGCAUGUCUGUAUUGAAAGAUGUGGGAAGGUUAAUAUUACAUACCCAUUUGGAAUUAAACUCGGGUGUUACAUGAAUGAAUCGUUCAGAGUAAGCUGCAAAGAAACCGGUGAUGGGCCAAAGCCUUUCAUAAGUAGCAUCAACAUGCAACUACUUAAUGUUUCAUUUUCCCUGGGCAGAGUCAUCGUCAACAAUUCAGUAACUUAUUUCAAUUGCCGCAAUAAAAGUGAAGAUAAUAAUGGGCUUAGUGUCAACUUAACAGGCAGCCCCUUUUUCUUCUCCCAUAUUUUCAACAGAUUCGUGUCUGUAGGUUGCGGUAGUUUGGCUACUAUUCUUCGUAAUCCAACUGAUUAUCCUGUUGUUGGCUGCCUGCAACCCCGUUGUAGCAAUAUUGUGACCUCCAAUGAUAUCUGCCAUGCGAAAAUACCUCCGGGUCUCAGCUCCUUUAUUGCAAACAUGACAGAGUUUUAUCCUAGUGAUGGCAGCAGGAAAUCAUGUGGGUCUGCUUUCAUGAUCGACGUAAGUUUGUUGGAUUCACCUGGAACAAACCUCGAUCCCAGAACACUGCCAUUUGGACCCAUUCCUACAGCACUGCACUGGGUUUCGCCGAAAGAUAUACACGUUCCUACGGCACUGCAAUGGGCCAGACCAAUACGUGGGUCGUGUAAUUUGAAUGGUUCACAGACAUUUUGCAGCUCCAGUGGUCAAUAUUGUUGGGCAAGAUUGAGCGACAGCCAUCUAUGUGUUUGCAGCGUGGAUGUGAAUUCUGACAACGAUUAUUAUUAUAGUGAUGUAUGCCAAGAUAUAGGCAGUUGCGGGAAUCUUAAACACAGGUACUGUCAUAUGCUUUGUUUGAAUACCCCUGACAACUAUUGUUCGUCGCCAUGCCCUGCUACAUAUGAAUACUCAAGUGCUGAUGAUUGGUGCAUUACCAUUGAUGAUUUACCAAAUUCUACAAAGUCUUAUAAUUUACCGAUUAUUAUAGUUUCCUAUACAGGUUGCAGCACUAGUACUGGGACAGUACUUGUGCUACUUGGCACAUGGAAUCUGUACAAAGUACUAAAAAGGAGAAAAACCAUCAAGAUGAAGCAAAAAUACUUUAAAAGGAAUGGAGGUUUACUUCUGCAACAACAAUUGUCCAGCAAUGAAGGUAAUGUUGAAAAAAUAAGGUUGUUUACAUCGAAGGAGUUGGAAAAGGCGACAGAUUACUAUAACAAGAAUCGAAUCCUCGGUCAAGGCGGCCAAGGAACUGUUUAUAAAGGAAUGUUAACUGAUGGAAGCAUUGUGGCAAUCAAGAAGUCUAAAAUGGUGGAAGAGAAGAAAGUUGAUGAAAAGAAGCUUGAACAGUUCAUCAAUGAGGUGAUACUUUUAUCACAGAUUAACCAUAGAAAUGUGGUUAGGCUUUUAGGAUGUUGCCUGGAGACAAAGGUUCCUUUACUAGUGUAUGAGUUCAUCCCCAAUGGAACACUCUCUCAACUCAUACAUGACCAAAAUGAAGAAUUCCCAUUGACAUGGGAAAUGCGUUUUCGAAUUGCAAUUGAAAUUGCUAAUGCUUUAUCCUAUUUGCAUUCAGCUGCUUCUGCCCCUAUUUAUCAUCGAGACAUCAAAUCUAGCAACAUACUUUUGGAUGAUAAAUACAGAGCAAAAGUGUCAGAUUUUGGAAUUUCAAGAUCAAUUGCACUUGAGCAAACUCAUCUAACCACUCAAGUACAAGGAACAUUCGGAUACUUGGAUCCGGAGUAUUUUCGGUCUAGUCAAUUUACAGAGAAGAGUGAUGUUUAUAGUUUUGGGGUUGUUCUUGUUGAACUUCUGACCGGACAAAAACCCAUCUCCUCGGUACAAUCAGAGGAAGUGAGAAGCUUGGUGAACUUUUUUCUGCUUACAAUGAACGAGAAUUCCCUAUUUGACAUUCUUGAUCCAAUGGUAAGUAAUAAUGGUACAGAAAAAGAGAUUAUAGCAAUUGCAAAGCUUGCGAAGAGAAGCUUGAAUCUUAAUGGAAAGAAAAGGCCCACGAUGAAACAAGUUGCAAUGGAGCUGGAGAGGAUUAAAGCAUCAGAAGAAGCUAAUGCUAUUGAACAAAGUGUGGAUGAAGAUUCUGAUACAGAUGAGAUGAUCGAACCCUGGGCUAUUGCUUCUUGUUCAACGUCUAGGUCAAUCAUAAACGAUAGUGUAACUCUGCCAUUGGAUACAUACUCCUAGUUGGUUUCCAACAGUACUUGUUAAACUUUCUUCCUUUGGUGUCUUUUCUUUGUAAUAUAUCUGCCUGUGUGGUUCAGCUCAUCCUUGUUUUAAUUUCAAACUCUUUUUUACUUCAUUUUUUCUUCCUCUCGUUACUUUCCUCUCACCCGUUGUGGAAGGUCUCAAAUGCAUGCCUAAGACCAUCUCCGUUUCAAAUGUCAUGAUUGAUUAGAAUAAAUAUGAAAAAAAAAAAAAAAGAUUUAGUAUUGUUGACUUCCAACUGUUGUUCUUGGUAUACCAACAAGUGAAGACGAAGUUCAUAUUAUUUCAUACAUGUAAAAGAAGAUACCAUGCUUCUUUGCAUUGAUUUUUAAGUCAAAUAGGUGCCUGAGUGACGAUGAUUGUGGAGAUCUAACAUAUGCCAUCACUGCCAUCAUUUUGAAAUUUCAGAAAGUGAACGAGAAAAACGAGGCCGCCAAGCGUUCAUAUAGGAAUUAUCAAAAAGGAAAAUGAAGACUUUAGAAUGAAUACCUAAUGGACAAGACUCUCCAUCAC